UGUCUAUAUGUUGUCCGACGUAUAUUAUCAUUGAUUAUGACUGAAAUAAAAUUUUUGAAAUUAUAACACUUAUAAACAUACUAAAUUUAAUGGCCCUUUCAGAUCAAGAAGCUUUGUCGUUAUGUAGAAGUUCAGAUGACAUAACAAAAGAUUUUAUAAUGCAACAAACAAUGUUGCGAAUUAAAGAUUCUAAAAAAUCAUUGGAAUUUUAUUCAAAAAUCCUUGGAAUGAGCUUAUUAGACCGAUUUGAUUUCCCAGAAAUGAAAUUUACAAUAUAUUUUAUGGGGUAUGAAAAUAUAGCAGAUAUUCCAACAUCAAAAGAAGAUCGUAUCAAAUGGACCUUUUCUCGUAAAGGCACUAUAGAACUAACUCAUAAUUGGGGGUCAGAAGAUGACCCAAAAAUUAAAUAUCAUGAUGGAAAUGUUGACCCAAAAGGAUUUGGAAUAUCAGUACCAGAUGUGGAAAAAUCUUGCAAGUAUUUUGAACAAAAUGGGGUUGAAUUUCAGAAAAAACCUGAUUCAGGAAAAAUGAAAGGAAUUGCAUUUAUAAAGGAUCCAGAUGGCUAUUGGAUAGAAAUAUUAUCAGCUCAAUCGAUGAUUCAGCUUGCCAAAUAGAUUUAGCGCGUUUAUCUCAUAUAUACAAUAAUUGUUUCAAAUUUAUGUCAAGCAAUCAAAAUGUCUAUAUUCUCAAAUCAGUUAUAUAGCCAUUUAUAUAUAUAUAAUAUUAUUAGAUUAUGAAUUUACUAUAUUAUUUAUAAAUUAUUGGUAUAUAACUAAA